UUUGUGUAUUGUUUUGAUCGAAUUAAUUGUAGUCCACCAAUAUAGAUUUGGUAAUAUGGGGCUGAGAGAUAUUGGAGCUACACUUCCACCUGGGUUCAGGUUUUACCCAAGCGAUGAGGAGCUGGUCUGCCAUUAUCUCUUCAAAAAGAUUACAAAUGAUCCUCAAGUUCUCAAGGGUACCCUCGUCGAAAUCGACUUGCAUACUUGCGAGCCAUGGCAGCUUCCUGAAGUGGCGAAGCUGAAUGCAAACGAAUGGUACUUCUUCAGCUUCCGUGACAGAAAAUAUGCGACAGGGUUUAGAACGAAUCGAGCGACGACAUCUGGGUACUGGAAAGCAACUGGAAAAGAUCGGACGGUGAUGGAUCCAAGAACAAAAGAGAUAGUAGGGAUGAGAAAGACGUUGGUGUUCUACAGGAACCGAGCUCCGAAUGGGAUCAAAACAGGUUGGAUAAUGCAUGAAUUUCGUUUGGAGACCCCACACAUGCCUCCUAAGGAGGACUGGGUUCUGUGUAGAGUUUUCCACAAAACCAAAGGAGGAGAGAACAGCAUAAAAGCACUCAGUCCAGAAUCCAUGUACGAUACAUAUACACACAAUAUUAUUCUCCCUUCUUCUGUGAACCACCCAGUAACAUCAUCACCUUUAACUCAUCAUCAACAAAACGAUUAUUUCCCAUGCGGGUAUGAGCAAAUCACCUCCUCAUCCUUCUCUCGUCAUCAUCAAAUACCGCAGAGUAAUUCUCUGUUGAGUACGCUUCUCCAUGGAUAUGCAGCAGCGCAGGAGAAGGAUUCAAACGACGUCGUAGUGGUACCCAGCACCGAGGUAGUAGGUGGGUGCAAAGGUGGUGAUGAUGAGUAUGGGUUGUUGUGGGACAUGAACUUGGAUGAAAACAACUUUAGAGAUGAUGAGGUGCACGUGGGUUCAAGCUUGGAAGAAAUGAAAUCAUUUGAUCAGAUUCAUAACAGCAUGGUUUUCUUAUAAUUCCUUAGUUAUAUGGUAUUCAUGUUUUGUUUCUUCAUAUAUAUAUAUAUAUAUAUUAUACAUUAAGGUAGCCCACAUGCAUUAUACCCCAUUUGUUGUGUGUUCGUGAAUUUAUUGAAUGCUGCAUUGUUCAAUUUGGCCCUAAGGGGGCAGCUCAUGUCAUACUGGAUACUGCUACCUUCUCAUAUGUGUUGCUAGGUUUAUAUGUACGUACAUUUAGUGUUUAUUGUAUA